UAUUUACUUUCAUUCUAAACAAAUCUACGGCGAAAAAUAUUGUUAUUUAAAUUAAUGAAUUAUCAUAAUUUUAUUUUAAUUUUGCUGUAAUCACCUAAUUGUUUUUUGUUGUAAUCGUUUAAUAGUUAUAAGCGUGGAUUUUUAUUGAGAAAUUCUCUGAAUAAAAAUAUUUGCUGAAAAUAAGACAGAUAAAAAAUUUUUAAUCAUUUUCAGUAAGAAUUCUACAAAAAUGACUACAGAGGAAUCACAGAACAAAGUGAUAUUAGCAACUGGUGGGUAUGACCACACCAUACAUUUUUGGCAGGCACACAGUGGUGUGCGACAGUUUUCUGUUCAACAUCCUAGUUCGCAAAUAAACAGCAUGGAAAUUCAUCCAAAUAGACAACUAUUAGCUGCAGCUGGUUUCCAACAUAUUCGAAUGUAUGAUAUAUAUUCUAAUAAUCCCAAUCCUGUUGUAAACUAUGAAGGAGUGCCAAAAAAUUUCACUGCUGUUGGUUUUCAAGAAGAAGGACGAUGGAUGUUUACUGGAUCAGAAGAUAAUGCAGCUAGAGUUUGGGAUUUGAGAACAAGAACUCUACAGUGUCAACGAUCAUUUAAUGCUGGCGCUCCUGUUAAUUGUGUAUGUUUGCAUCCAAACCAAAGUGAACUCUACAUAGGAGAUCAAAAUGGUGCUAUAUUUCUGUGGGAUCUCAGACUAGGUGAUGAACAGCCUUCAAAGAAACCAUUUUUUAAAGUGAGUGAGCCUCAUGUUUCAAUUCAAUAUAUCCACAUAGAUGCAGAAGGAACAUUUAUGGCUGCUGUUGACAACAAGGGCAAUUGCUAUAUUUUUCUCCUUAGUCAUAGAGGAAGUGAUAGCUCUCAUGUGAGACCUAUUAGACAGUUAAAAUUCCAAGCACACGACACAUAUGCACUGAAAUGCAAAUUUAGUCCUGAUUCUACAUUGCUUGUAACAACUUCAGCAGAUUGUUCUGCUAAAGUAUGGAGAACAGCAGAUCUGAAUCUUCUUCCCAGCAGUCAAAUUGUAGAUCCUUCAUAUGAAAAUAACAACAUUGAGUGGAAGAAGAUCCGUCCCACUCCUAUGAUCGAGCUGAGAGACAACAACCAACGUUGGGUUUGGGAUUUAGCAUUUAGUGCUGAUUCUCAGUACCUGUUCACUGCUUCAUCUGAUAACCUUGCAAGGUUGUGGUGCAUCGCUAAAGGAGAAGUGAAGAGGGAAUACAGUGGACAUUCCAAAGCAUUGACUGCUUUAGCUUUCAAAGAUGGAGUGUGAAAUUCUGCAGAGUGUUCUUCUAUUAUUAGAGAAAUAGAUAAAUUUUGUACAUUCAUUAUUUAGUAU